GUCUUGUCCCGUCCGUGAAGCUGCAGCAGCGCACUCCCUCCACAGACCGGCUGUGUGUGCGGCGUUUUUUUUUAACCAGAAUGUGAAAACUAAACCAUCCGGAUAAAAGUUAUUUUCAUGGAAAGAAAGGCUCCGAGUACAGGACCAUGGGGUAUGGACAUAUCCUCCACCGGCAGGGCAAUGAGGAGGACCAGGUCCACCUCAACGUGGGAGGGGUUCGACAUGAAGUGGAUCCAGACACGCUGCUCCGCUUCCCUCACACACGCCUGGCCCGUCUGCUGCGCUGCCAAAGUGAGGCGGCGAUCCUGGAGCUGUGUGAUGACUACAGCCCGGCUGAGAAGGAGUACUACUUCGACAGGAAUCCCCGGGUUUUCCUCUGCGUGCUCAACUUCUACCACACGGGACGCAUCCACAUGAUGGAGGAGGUGUGCGUCUUCUCCUUCACCCAGGAGAUCGAGUACUGGGGCAUCCAGGAGCUCUACCUGAGCCCCUGCUGUAACAACUGGUACCACGAGAGGAAGGAGUACAUCGAGGACAGGGACUGGGACAUCAGGAGCGACGACCAGCAACAGCCGAGCUUCGACUCCUCCUUUGAGGAGCUCUCUGCUCUUGAUAAGGACCUGGCCAAGUUCAAAGGUGCCUGGUGUGCAGAAUUGAGGAGCUACAUUUGGCUCAGGCUGGAGGAUCCAGGUCACUCGCGAGGUUCAAAGAUCAUCGCCGUGGCCUCCCUCAGCUUGGUGUUGACCUCCAUCGUUGCCAUGUGUGUCCACAGUAUGCCUGAGUUUCAGCAGGUGGACGACAAUGACAGACCUAUCGAGGACCCCGUCCUCGCCAUUCUGGAGGAGAUCUGCAUUGCUUGCUUCUCCGCCGAGUUCAUCAUCAGGCUGAUCGUGGCGCCCUCCCGCAGGAAGUUCCUCGCAAACGCUUUGAACAUAAUUGACGUUGCCUCCAUUUUGCCAUUCUACGCUACGUUAGCUCUGGAAACAGCCGACGAGGAGGCUGCAGAGGAGAACGAGGACUUAGAGAACGUGGGAAAGGUGGUGCAGGUUCUGCGCCUCAUGAGGGUUCUCCGAAUCCUUAAACUGGCUCGCCACUCCAUCGGGCUGCGAGCGUUGGGUGCCACCGUCCGCCACAGCUACCAGGAGGUGGGUCUGCUCCUUCUCUUCCUCUCGGUGGGGAUUUCUAUCUUUUCCGCCCUCAUCUACUUUGCAGAGAAAGAAGAGGAGGACACAGACUUGGGGACCAUCCCUUCAGGUUGGUGGUGGGCCACGAUCACCAUGACAACAGUCGGUUACGGUGACACCUGCCCGGUGACGCUGGCGGGGAAGAUAGUGGCCACCUUGUGUAUCAUCUGUGGCCUGUUAGUGGUGGCUCUGCCCAUCACCAUCAUCUUCAAUAAGUUUUCAAAGUACUAUCAAAGAAACAAAGCCAUGGAGGAACAGUGUAUCACUAAGCCUGAAAGACAAGACCCAGAACUCCCUUAUUAUAACAUCAGAGACCUGUUCACAGAAAGUGUGUAUCCCUUUAUAGGAGCGUUUGCCUUCAGGAACAGUCAGAGCAGCGUAGGGGACGAUACAGAUGCAUCAAGUCUCCAGGACAUAGAGGUGUAUGAUAAUGACACUUGUGAAAAUGUAGCAGCAAAUUGAGAUUCCUGCCGCUUCGCCGGUGUCGCUCCCUUUAUGACUGCAAGUCACUCCGUGCCUCUCAGGGCAGAGCGCUCCAUCACUGACCCUGCCUCCCUCCACUGUCUUCCUCCUGCAAUUUGACAGAGAAAUAUCGUAGCCAUGAAGUUUUUUGUUUUUUUUCUACAAGGGGAAUAGCUUGUGAAAUAUACAGCGUUGCUAAAAUCGGGGAAAUCUAAAGGGAAUUAUCUGAACCUUGCUCAGAGGUUUGAAAGCCCAUUUUCUGCUUGAGAAAACUGCAAUGAUGCAUGUAGGAGGCUAUAAUGUUAAUGUUUUUUCAAAGUAAUGCCCUGUAUUGAUUCGUCUGCUCGCUGAAAAGUUCAGCCCGAGAAUUUAACGGAUGCAAAAAGUCUAAAAUGACAACAACACUGUUUGAUGUUUAAGAAUGGUAUUAUAGAUCUCUAAGUUGGCUGAUGUUACACAGCCUGCAUGAACAACAACAAGCAUUUUUGAAAGAGAGUAAUAUAAACAGUUGUGUAGAAUUAUGCAAUAUUAUUGAUGCUGAUGAAGAGAGGCCACACAACUCUCUCAGAGCACUAUGAAAAGCACUGAUAUGCCGGGUUAUUGUUAUUACGUUUUUUGUUUUGGACAGUUGUUUUUGGCAUGCUGGGUGACUCAACUCAUGUGGACAUGAAAUAAAACUCAGUGAAUCAGAAGAAAUAUGCCUCUCGUUUGUGACAUGGCAUACAGUCAGUCGUACCACUCAUUCAGAUAAGGUUUCCAGUUCCAGGUUCGGUGCAUUUAUUUACGGCCAUAUGUGCAAAAUACUGCAAUGGCAAUACUUCCUGGCUAAAACGACACUAAAAUCGAAAUGGAAAUCAUCAACCAUGUCGUUUAAUGCACUGAAACUGUAGAGGAAACUUUCCUUACCUUCUGUUCCUGAAAGUAUUGAUUUCCUGUCCCCUGCUAUAAUCUCUGGUUGGAUGAGCCGCUGUCCUUCUAGAGCAAGAGAUGUAAAAGAUCGCUACAGGGGUCUCAAAGGUGUUGACCAUAUGCACUUGACCAGAAGCAUCUACUCUCAGAGCUAAACACUCACAAAUGUUACUUAAAACCAUUUAUUUUUUAUUUGGAGUGCAGAUGGGUUUUUUUUUUAAUCCACUGGCUGAAUUUUACUGGCAGUUCAGUGGAUGAAACCUGUUUAAAUGACAGAAAAUAGGUGCUAGCUGUUGAGUUGAGGAGGUUGGUUUCUACACCGAUGCACAAUUCGUACUCCAGUGCUGGUUGUAUAAAGACGAACUGCAGCCUAAACUUAACAGAUAAGCCCAUUACUGUCUGAUUAUUUGUUAAUAGUAAUAAAUGAGUUUCGACCACUGGGCUUCCUGUGUCACAGAGCGUAUUAGCAUAUUGCUUACUUCACACUUUCUGCUAAUGGCCUUUGUCAGCUGCCAUUUAGUGUAACGACAAACGUAUUGGAAGAGACAAGUAUUGAUUUCAGUAAAAACUGCACCUGAUAAUACACACAGAAGUACCUGACAGUGGCUUUACAGAUGACUGAAUGCAAUCGUUACAUAGAAAAAACUGGAUCUGUUUGUUAAAAAAACAAACAUCUGAGGGGUCACUAGAUAAAUAAAGGGAUAAAAAAUGUCUAUCACUCAAAAUUAUAUUAUUUGUUUGACUUUUCUCUAAUUAUUGCUCUUUUUUGUAAAAAAAACACUACUUUCUGCACCUUCUUCAAAUACAUUUUCCAAAUUAAGUAAUCUGAAAAAGAAAAAAUAAUUGAACUGCUAAUAAAUCUUGUCAACACUGAAGCCAUAACCUGUGAUCAUAAUUUGCUUAAUUUUAAGGAUUCAUAAGCCAGACAAGUUGUAAACCACUGCAAUAACAAACUAAAGAGAGCUAAUGAGGGAAUAUGUUGCUGAAGUAUUGGCUGUAAAAAUGAACUAUGUGUGCCAGGAAAUGAUAAUGGAGCCUGGUAACGAUCAUUGCUUGCUAUACUGACACUUUGAGUGAUGUUACAAUGAGUAUACCUAAACACCCAUAAGAAUAUAAGAAAGUAAUUUAACAAUGUGGAAAGCUGUGAAAAAUGUUAACACAUGUUGGGUACAGUGAGGUAAAAACAAGAAAUCAAGUGUUGGUGAAAAACAACAUUAAUCAAUAUCUCUUCAGCUCAAACUGAGGUUAAAGACUCUCAGGGCGAUCUGUAAUCUGCAUCCGAUGUUUGUGUGAACAGUGAUCUCAGUGUUUUUGUUGAGUAAUCCAUCGCAGGAGUCGUAGAUGACAAUACGGCACCGUCGGCAACAGAUAAUGAUAGUUUUGUGUUCCUCGCCAUUACUCCCAGCCUCGUGGCUUUGAGCGGGGGGUUCUGUUGGACGUCAAUAUUCUGUCAGCAAAAAUGCGCUCACUUAUUGAACUUCUGUCAGGAUGUGUGUCUUUAUAUUUCCCAUCAUUUCCAGCAGCUGGUCUCUGUCAUCUAACUUCCAGAAAGUUUGUUUGUUAUGAGAGUAACUGUAGUUGUUAGAGUUGAGUUUGCACUGCAGAGCAACCUAUAAUAACUGUCACUGAAGUCAAAGCUACUGAGCGAUUUUCAACUGAAUGAUGAGGACCUAAAGGCUCCUUUUAACUUAGGGGCUCUGUGUCAAAAUAUAGUUUUAAGGAGCGCGCUGGUGGCUCGCCUGGUGGAGCGUGCACCCCAUAUAUCAGGGCUGUCGGGGCUGAGUACUUGCUGCUGCAGCCUGGGUUAUAAGUAUAAAAUACAGUUUUAAGACGCAGCACAUAUUCCUAAAUACAUUUGUGUUUACAGUAAUCAAAUUAUCACAUACACCAAAACUUAUAAUGAUAAUAUGUAUUUUCUUUUAUUUAUAUUGUAACAGGCCAAGUGACACCAGAAAGUGACCCAGUAAAGAAACAUAAAGUUCUCCAGCCUAGUUAGUUUUAAGUACACCAGCUAAUUAGCUUGGUCGCUAAUGGGACAAUAUGUAACAGUCUCUGUAACGGUCUGCAAACUAUUCAUCUCUUCUGAAGAAGUUUAUACUCAUAUAUAACAGAGUGGAUGUUCCUCCAUGUUUUGACUGUCAAGAUGACCUGAUAUUGAACAAUGGCGUAAAUCCGCAGGACAAAGUAAAACAAAAGAAAAGAAGAACUUGACAAGAAAGAUUUAUGCAAAUUCACUUCACCCCAUUUUAUGUUUAAUGCAUAAUGACUGAGCCUUUAGGGUUUUUUCCUUGUCUGCAGUAUGUACUGGGUUACUGUUUUAACUGCCCCCCCUUUACAUUUUCCAAAAAUGCAUGCAUCCCCUUAUAGCUUAGCCUAGCGAGGGUGUAGCAGAAGUAGCAGACGAGAGUGUCCGAACAGGGAAUGAGGGGUAGCUGGUCAACACAGCAAGUAUUUCUACUCCUGUAGUGAUUCCACUACUAUUAUCUCUCAGUCUUUAUACUCUGUACUGUCUACCCUGCUGACAGCUGACUGCUGUUUAUAUGUGAAUGUAACAUUGCCUUUGUUGUGUUGUUGUUGUGUGUCCCAGCUACAUCGAAGAUUUUCCCCAGAUUUUUUGGGGGGGUUCAAGUGGAUAGACUUAUUUCUCUCUCUCUCUCUCUCUCUCUCUCUCUCUCUCUCUCUCUCUCUCCAGAGAAUAGCCUUUGUUCAAAUAAACACUAUAAAAUGCAAUCAGGAUCAAUUGAUAGUGUAAUAAAGUUACUGUACGUGAAAUUUACUUACUCAAGUGUCUUUAGGGUUAAAUUACUCUUCAAAGAGUACAAGAUAUACUGUACAUUGAUAUACUGAAUUACAUAGUGGGCAUUUUAAUGACAUUGGUAGGGGUCUUGUUAUUGUACAGGGGGGAAAAAGCCAAUUACCUGUAAAGGUCACAGUGAGUGUGUCAGCACAAAUGUCAGUGUAGUGGAAGAGAGUUGUAUUUCAAACUUGUGCUUUAGGCAUUUUUUUUUCCUUUAAAUGAAACAACAACUUUCAUUACAUUAAGGCCGCUGUGAAGUUGCCUACCAGGAUACUUCUGCUGGGUCAAAUAAAGCUUAAUCCCAGCUGAUUGGAUGCGGUGGAGCAUUAAACCACCAGGAUAAAAGGUGUCACUGAACAAUCGAAUUCCUGUCAGAAACACUGUGGUCAGUUUCAUGAGUGGGAAGUAAAAACAAAUC